UACGUCCACGGCAAGCCCAUGCAAAUGUAGCGCGAGUGACAACUUUGCCCCAGCCAAGAUAUUCUGGACAUAUGUCUGGUGGAAUAAUUGAUCUUGAGAAGACGUACUUUGAUACCACGAGGAUCAUGGAGAGCGCUGCAGGAGAAACAAGCCUCACGGGGGUGAUCUUGAACGACGAAUUCGUGCUAGGGAUGCUACUUCGACACGACAACCACGCCGAUGUGUAUUCUGUAAGCGCCAUGUCUUCGCAAACAACAUUGCUUGAAGCACGAGCAUACUCCUUGGAGGCCCUUCCCGAGAAAGUACGGCGGUACCGACUGAGGAAUAUCAAGCGGUUGGCGAGUCGAACUGUGUUGGAGACUCGGUGGCACGGAAUGGUUGUCAUUGUAUACAAGGCAGGCGGCUGUGAGCGUAUUGAGGAUUCUGGGGACAGCGUACCCCUGGGACCGUUACCGCUCGAUGAGAAGCCGGGUGUGGUCGUCGCGAACAAGAAGCUUCAACAAAAGCCUAGUCGUCAACGGGAGAAGGCCAGAAUCCGGCAAUUUGAGCGGCGCAAAUCCAGUCGACAAAGGAAACGCCAAUCAAGGGCGGUUGAAGAUCAAGCAAGUACAGCUAUAGCGGUCGAGAAAGUAGCGACAGUGGAGGCAGAAAACGAGAUACGGCAAACAACGGCGAUUGAAUGUCCAGCAGGCACAUCUACGAAUGAUGAGAAAGCAUUGACGAAGGAAGUAGAUGAGGAGAACCCCAUCCAUACUCUAUUACAGCAUGCACAGAGUGAUCAGCCACCGACUCGUAGGCACCUUGCGGCUCGAUGUCGAAGAGCUCUGGAAAGAAUCUUCGAGAAUAAUGAGAAGGAGCAUGUGUUAGAGAUUAUGUAUCGAGAGGUAAAACGCCUACGGCUGGAGCAAAAGAAACCGCUAGGACUGGUAGACAGACGAGACUCUAGCGCUACGAUAAAAAUACCAGAGAAAACAUAUCGUGGUUGGAUCCGCCCAACUUCGGCUCAGGCUAGGAAUGAGAUUUUGGCUGGUAUUUGCGGUGGAGUAGAUUAUGUUAACAUGAGUUAUCCGGAUCCUUAGUGGGCCUGUCAUCAGCCUGCCCGGAGUAGAAAUAUAUGGAGAUACAAAAACGAGGAUAGAAGAAAC